AUGGGCCUUUUCGCAAAAAAGAAGCAUGACCACGAAAAGGGCGACUCCGAGGCGCAUUCGCCAUCUCCCAAUACGCAGCUCGGUGCCCCCGAAAUCACGUUCGUCCGUACCGAUACGUUUACCGAGGAGAUAAUCUUUCCUCCUGCGAGCCCUGUAACCGAGAAUGAUGCCGACCACGAUUCAUACCUGUCCGCCGAGACGGCGUCAGGAACGCCAGCAAGGGGUCGCCUUAGUCUGGACGUCUUCCGCAGCAAUCGCAGUCGUAGCCAAUCUAUGAGCAGCAAUCCCAAGAGCCCCGGAGCCAAGCGCGCCUCGCGGUUCCAUUUACAUCGUAGCCCAGUGAGCUCCGAAAAUGUGCCUCAGAACCUGCCGGACGUGCCUGCUAUCGUGGUUCCCGAGGGCGAUGAAGAUAAGGAGGGCAAAGAAGCCCAAUGGGAGAAGCGCGCAACCAUGUUGGCACGCAAGAACUCCGAGGUUCGCAGUCGUCCAGGAACCCGCCCGGCCAGCCCUACCCGCAGCGUUAGUAACGACUUUGCCCGUAUGCGCCUUGGAAGUGGCCCGACCGAAGCGGAAGAAUGGCCUUUGAAAAGCGAACCUGGGGCUGCUGCGCCUGCUCCGUCUGCAACCAAAGCUGUUUCGUCCAAGGCUAUUGAUGAAGAUAUCCAGCAGGCCAUCAAGUGGCAUGAAGAAGGAAACUUGGAGGAGUCCACUGCUCUAUUUGGAAAACUGGCGGACCCAGAAGGGCCAAAUAAUCCUCUAAGCCAAGUUCUGUACGGCCUUGCUUUGCGGCACGGAUGGGGAUGCACCCCUGACGCAGCCAAAGCCGUGACAUAUCUCUCAGCAGCAGCCUCGAACGCCGCCGAAAUCGAACAACUCGCCCUCCAGGCUGGGCUUAAGAAGGGCGGCGCUGCCAAAGGCGAGCUCGUCCUGGCCAUAUUCGAACUGGCAAAUUGUUUCCGUCAUGGCUGGGGUAUUCCUAAAGACCCGAUAGCCGCGAAACAAUACUACGAGACAGCGGCAAAUUUGGGAGAUUCUGACGCCAUGAACGAGGUAGCAUGGUGCUACCUUGAAGGUUUCGGCACAAAAAAGGACAAAUACACCGCCGCAAAAUAUUACCGCCUGGCGGAGAAGAACGGAAACAAGAUCAUGGGCAAUACCUGGAUCUGGAAGGAAAAGUAUGACCCGGGAAAAAAGAACGGAAUCAAGAACAGGGUUACCGAGCGCGAAGAGCCCAAAAACCUGUUCUAG